AGCGAAAAGCUACCUACUGGGUCCUUAUCCCAUCAUAGUUAUAGAGCACCACCCCUCCAGUGUGUCCUGUAGACUUCCAUUGCUCCUAUUAUAAUACAGACUAUCUCUUCUGACAUAAGCCAUCCCCCUUAUCUCCUCCAGCUGUAAACCCUCCAGAGCCUGGCUCCUCUACACAUCCAACACACUAACAACAUGCACUGAUCUGCACUAACCUCUGCAGACUGCCAGAAUCUGGAUCUCUAUGUUACAACUUCUUACAAGAUAAGCUUCUCAAGCAUCCUCAUCUCACUGCAUCUGCCAUGUAGAAGAUAUCUUCAAAAUCAACUUCUUCUAGGAAAUACUGUCACCUCUGCUUCCAUAUCCAGUCCUAAGAAUGGAUUUUCUGGAGAUCAAAACACUUGUAUCAAUCUUGUGCAGCAUCUUGUACAGCUCUUCUGUUAAAGGUGAUGGAAAGGAAGGAGAGAUUCUUCCCCCAACAAUUCAGAAACUAAUGAAAGGAUACAACAAAUACCUGCGUCCUUUCUUUGACAAUGGGCCAGUAACAGUCGGAAUGAGUUUGGAUAUUGCCAGCAUUGAUACAAUAUCAGAAAUUAACAUGGAUUAUACUGCGACCAUCUUUCUGAGACAGCGCUGGACAGAUGAAAGACUCAUCUUCGAAGGCAACAAGAGUCUAAGUCUAGAUGGCCGUCUGGUGGAAUUAUUGUGGGUCCCUGAUACAUUUAUAGUGGAUUCAAAAAAGUCAUUUCUUCACGACAUCACUGUGGAAAACCGCCUCAUCCGGAUUUACCCCAAUGGAACGGUUCUUUACGCAUUAAGGAUAACGACCACUGUAGCAUGCAGCAUGGAUUUAACCAAAUAUCCCAUGGAUAAGCAGACCUGUACUCUGCAACUUGAAAGCUGGGGAUACAACAUCAAUGACGUCAUGUUCUACUGGACACGAGGAAACGACUCGGUGCGAGGUCUAAACACUCUUCGUCUGGCGCAGUAUACCGUAGAAGGUCACUACACCUCGGUAUCGGAAGCAGUGUAUGAAACUGGGCGAUACCCGAAGCUGGUAUUUCAUUUUGAUCUGAAAAGAAACAUCCUGUAUUUCAUUCUGGAGACCUAUGUGCCAUCAAUCCUUCUGGUUGUACUCUCAUGGGUAUCUUUUUGGAUCAGCCAAUCAUCUGUACCUGCAAGAAUUUGCAUAGGAGUGACUACUGUUCUUACAAUGACCACGCUUAUGAUGGGUGCCAGGACUUCCCUCCCCAAUGCCAACUGUUUCAUAAAAGCUAUUGACGUCUACCUUGGCAUUUGCUUCAGCUUUAUAUUUGGUGCACUUCUGGAGUAUGCAAUUGCCCAUUUUUGUACUCUUCAUCGCCCAGAUCUAAGGAAAUCUGUCCAGAUUGACACAGAAGAAGAGGAGAUGGAUAUGAAUGGAACCAUUGCAGCAGUUUCUAGCGGAGAAAAUGCCCAAACCAAAGUUGGCAGCAACAGGAAAAUAAGGAGCAAAGGCAGCCAAUUCGCCAUGUCCACUCUGAAGAGAAUCCUGUGUAUUUUCUAUUGUUUCCAUGUUGAAAACCCACAUCAGAUAGACAAUUAUUCCAGACUCUCCUUUCCUCUAAGCUUUAUAAUAGUAAAUGUUUUUUACUGGGUGUACUAUCUGUAUUUCUAAACUGUUUUGUCUGAUUCAAAUCAAUGGGGAUGGCAUUAUUGAAGUGCAUAAAUUGUGGCAGGGCCCCAAAGCAUCCUGGAGCCAUGUGAACUUAAUGCAGGUAAGAUAGGUGAUGCUUUUACUCAUAAAGUGUCCACUAAAUUGCCAAGCUCUGAACAUUCAAUGUCAUUGGGAAAAUCCUUUACACAACAGAUCAUUCUUAUGUUUUGACACAACUUCGUACCCUUCUCUGAUUUUGUCACC